AUGGCCAAGGCACACGGGUGCAUGGAUAAGGAGGAUGCAAAUGCCUAUAAGGUGUCCGCCAGGGCCACAGAGAUCUGCCCAUCCACAACUUCAGUAAUGCCAGCAAUCCCAUCCAUUUGGCCUACUCCUAUAGCAAUACCAGUGGCGACACCAAUGCCCAAGCUUCCCAGAGGCCCCCCUGCAAAGCAGGAGUGGCCAAGAGAUCCUUCGAGAGUCAACUCUCUUCCCAAUCGGUCUAACAGUAGUGACCGACAGAAGAACCCGAUGCUGAUGUCAGCUCUCACAACCUCUGACAUCUCUCUCACCAAUGUUCUCACCAUGGUUCAAAAGGAAGGAUACCUUAAGGAGCCUGCUCCUCAGAUGAGGGAAGCUGCCCCAGCCAAGGAUAACAAGAAAUCCCGCUCACGGUCGCCCCUUCCUCUGUCGCGUCAAGACAACCAACCCUCAGAACCUAGCCACAAAGGUGUUAUCAACACAAUUAGUGGCAGUCCUACUAUUGGCAACCAACCCUCAGAACCUAGCCACAAAGGUGUUAUCAACACAAUUAGUGGCAGUCCUACUAUUGGAUGGUCAUCCAACAAUGCCCAGAAGAGGUAUGCCAAGAGGGCGUUGCGGGUCAACCAAGGCGAUAAGAGGAUGAAGGCGGCCAAGCCUAUAUCUUUUGGGGGCACUGACCUACAAGGCGUUAAGAUGCCUCAUGAUGAUCCCAUUCUCAUCAUAGCCGCGAUCGACAGCUAUCAAGUGAAACAUAUUAUAAUCGAUACAAGGAGCUCGGUAGACAUCCUAGGACCCCUCAUCGGAUUCAGUGAUCACUCUCUUUUGCCAGAAGGGAUGAUUACUCUCCCUCUAAUAGUUAAGGAGUACCCUAGGCAAGCAACCAUCCAGGUCCAGUUCCUAGUGAUGGAUCUCAAGUCGGCCCACAAUGUCAUCAUAGGUCGAAUUGCCCUCCAUCUCUUACGAACCAUUCCUUCAACUUACCACCAGAUGGUCAAGUUCCCAACUCCUAAUGGAGUCGAAGUCACCAGGAGCAAUCAACAAGAGGCUAAGUCCUAUUACAUGCUCUCCAUCAAGGGUAAGGGCGCACAAGAUGCCAUGCCCAUUAAGAAAGCCUACCUCUAA